AUGGAUUUUGCCAACUGGACUGAGGGAGAAUACUCCACAAGCACCAGUGGAUAUGAAUCCCUGGAGACCCCCAUUGUCCCCACCAGUAAGAUCCUGCUGACCAUCACCCUCUCCAUACUGGCUAUCCUGACCACCUUCUUCAACUGCCUGGUUAUCACCGCUAUCGGCGUGACCCGCAAGCUCCACCACCCCGCCAACUACCUCAUCUGCUCCUUGGCCGUGACAGACCUGUUCGUGGCAGUUCUCGUCAUGCCCUUCAGUAUAAUGUACAUUCAGAAGGAGCGCUGGGUCAUGGGUCAGGCGGUGUGCACAAUUUGGUUAAGUGUGGACAUCACCUGUUGCACAUGUUCGAUCCUACACCUAGCUGCCAUUGCUAUUGACCGAUACAGGGCAAUUACGGAUGCGGUGGAGUAUUCUCGCAAACGCACUGGUGCACGAGCUGGAGCUAUGGUGGCUGUGGUUUGGCUUUUGUCCAUUCUCAUAUCUCUUCCUCCGAUUUUGUGGCGUUACUACAGUGGAGAUGCAGAGCACGAAGAUCAGUGCAUAAUCACGCAUCACCACAUUACAUUUACAUUGUACACAACGUUCGGAGCCUUCUACAUACCUUUGCUGCUGAUACUGAUACUGUACUAUAAGAUCUACCGUGCCGCCCAGACCUUAUAUAUGAGAAGGGAAGCUAGCAGGGCAAGUCGGCACUCAUGCAUGACCAAUGGAAGCAUGAUACCUUCCACUUAUCCAGCAGGAGAGGGCGCCGGAGAGGUAGGAGCCCAAAGCCCGGAGCCGAUAAGCCCAGCGGAAAAGUCUAUCUCUGAACCAUCGACAGAAGAACCACCAAGAGUGCGAGUUUCUGUAAAGGCUUCCCAUUUCAAAUCUCGCCGGCUUGAAUCACGAAGCGAAUCCAGGAACGAGUCAAGGAGGAGCCAGUUAUCCCAAGGACCAAGGAUCUCUGGAGCGAGGGAGCGCAAGGCAGCGUCCACGCUAGGUUUGAUAAUCGGCGCUUUUGUGAUUUGCUGGUUGCCGUUCUUCGUCAAGGAGGUGGUUGUCAACACGUGCGGAUCGUGCACUGUUUCGAUGGAGAUGGAGGCGUUUUUGACAUGGCUGGGUUACAUCAAUUCACUGAUCAAUCCUCUCAUCUACACCAUCUUCAACGAGGACUUCAAAAAGGCUUUCCAAAGACUUAUUAGGUGCAGCCAUUAUCUCUGA